ACCAUGGCAAAGAAGGUAGCAGUGAUUGGAGCUGGAGUCAGUGGCCUGGCCUCUCUGAAGUGCUGUGUGGAUGAGGGGCUUGAGCCCACCUGCUUUGAGAGGACUGAAGACAUCGGAGGGCUGUGGAGGUUCAAAGAAAAUGUUGAAGAUGGCCAAGCGAGUAUCUAUCAAUCUGUCAUCACCAACACCAGCAAAGAAAUGUCCUGCUUCAGUGACUUUCCAAUGCCUGAACAUUUUCCAAACUUCCUGCACAAUUCUAAGCUCCUGGAAUAUUUCAGGAUUUUUGCCAAAAAGUUUGAUCUUCUAAAAUAUAUUCAGUUCCAGACAACUGUCCUCAGUGUGAAAAAACACCCAGAUUUUUCAUCAUCUGGCCAAUGGGAGGUUGUUACCGAGAGCAACGGCAAGGAGCAACGUGCUGUCUUUGACGCAAUUAUGGUUUGCAGCGGCCAUCACAUCCUCCCUCACAUCCCGCUGGAGUCGUUUCCAGGUAUCGAGAGGUUCAAAGGUCAGUAUUUCCACAGCCGCCAAUACAAGCACCCAGAGGGAUUUGAGGGGAAACACAUCCUGGUGAUUGGAAUAGGAAACUCCGCCUCAGAUAUUGCCGUUGAGCUGAGUAAGAAGGCUGCUCAGGUGUUUAUCAGCACCAGACAUGGUUCCUGGGUCAUGGGUCGUAUCUCUGAAGAUGGUUAUCCCUGGGACGUGAUCUUUCACACCCGAUUUAGCUCCAUGUUCCGAAACGUUUUGCCACGAACAAUUGUAAAACAGAUGAUGGACCAACAGAUGAAUCGGUGGUUCAGCCAUGAAAAUUAUGGUCUUGAACCUCAAAACAAAUACCUUAUGAAAGAACCUGUAGUAAAUGAUGACCUUCCAAGUCGUAUACUCUAUGGAGCCAUCAAGGUGAAAUCCAGAGUGAAAGAGCUCACAGAAACUUCUGCCAUCUUUGAGGAUGGAACAGUGGAGGAGAACAUUGAUAUCAUUGUCUUUGCAACGGGAUAUACUUUCUCUUUUCCCUUCCUUGAAGAGUCAUUUGUUAAAGUAGAGGAAAAUAUGGUCUCACUGUAUAAAUGCGUGUUCCCUCCUCACCUGGAGAAGUCAACCUUUGCAUGCAUUGGUCUCAUCCAGCCCUUGGGUUCCAUUUUCCCAACUGUUGAACUUCAAGCUCGUUGGGUGACAAGAGUUUUCAAAGGCUUGUGUACCUUGCCCUCAGAGAGGACAAUGAUGGAGGACAUUAUCAAGAGGAAUGAAAAAAGAAUUGACCUAACAUUUUGUGAAUCUGCCUUUUUGCUUUCCUCAUUAAGGUUUGGAAAGAGCCAAAGCCAGAUAUUGCAGACCAAUUACAUUGACUACUUGGACGAGCUCGCCUCAGAAAUAGGAGUGAAGCCACACUUCCUCUCUUUCUUGUUAAAAGAUCCUAAACUUGCUAUGAAACUCUAUUUUGGACCCUGCAACUCCUACCAGUAUCGCCUGGUUGGACCUGGGCAAUGGGAAGGAGCCAGGCAUGCCAUUCUCACUCAGAAACAAAGGAUAUUGAAGCCUUUGAAGACACGGGCUCUACAAGAGUCAGCUAAUUUCCCAGUUUCCUUCCUGUUGAAAAUCCUGGGACUUCUUGCUGUUGUGGUGGCCAUUUUCUCCCGACUUCAGUGGUUCUAAUCUGUCAGUAUUAAUGUGCCUUUGGCGGUAAUGUCAGUCAGUACUUCUUAAAGGAAAAAGAAGACUAAAAGAAAAAAUAUUAAAUCUAUAUUCUAAAUUUUAGAGUUAAGAGGAACAGAGUAAGAGAGAGGUAACUGGAAAAUUAGCAGAAUUAGGUCUAUGUAUAAAACUAAAAUUGUGGCAUGAAAUUUCUUUGCCAUUCCACCCUUCCCUCAAGUUCACCAGACUCUCCAAAAAAAAAAAACAAUAAAAUAACACUGGCUAAAUAGUGCUGCCAGGCGUGAUAUAGGAGAGUUGUGUGGAAAAAUACUCUAAUUACACAGAGUGAAAAGCAGGCCCCAUGAUUUAAAUCACUGGAAAAUUUAAAUUGUGGGUAAAUGUUUAAACUCCUGUUUGAUGUUCUCAAUAGUCUUCCUAUCUGAACUCUGUUUGGUAACAAAGUUCUCAGAUGUUACAUCAUGAUCCAUUUGCUUAGUGGGGAAUCACACAAAAAUACUGGGGAAAAAGUGAGAAGAUGGACUUAGAAAACAACAGCAAUGCUCAAACAGACUUUUAGGGCCUCAUGUUGAAAGCUAAGCAAAUAGCCACAUUUCUUAUAUUUUAAUGGAAAUACUGCUAUAAAAAUAAAAAUAAACAUGUCAUAAUAGCUAUAUAUAGAUAUAUUUAGCACUUAUCAUAGACCAGACAUUGUGCCCCAUGCACAUUAUAUGUAUUAUUUCAUUUAAUUCUCACAACAAUUCUGUGAGAUGGAUGCAGCCAUUAGGCCCAUUUUACAGAUGAUGAAACUGAGACUCAGAGCAAAUUGAGUAAUACACCCAAGACCACAUAGCUGGUCUUAUGAUGGAACUGGGAUUGGAACCCAGGUUUGCUUGACUCUACAAUUGAAGAUCAUAGCCUUGCCCCGUAAUAUAUUUAUUUACAAAACCCUCCAUUAUUGAUAAAGUACUUAUUAACAGUUUAUUUUCUUUAUAAUCUUAUAUAUGUUACU